AUGUGGGCGCUGGCGCAGGGUGAGACGCAGAUGCUGCAUCACCAGAUUGCAGAGACAGCCCAGAAACGGAUGUCAACGCUGGACUACCUACGGAAAGCUCACGAGGGCCGCGUCUACUGGUUCAACACAUAUCUCUUCGACAAGCCAGAUCUCUCCCGAAUGCCCAGCUUCGACCCGCGCAAGCUCUCUCGCAAAGCCACAAACUACCUUCUCCUCGGCCUCUCCAUCCCCACAAUCCACGACCUCUACUCGUCCACGCCGCUGGAGUUCCUUCGCUGCCUCAACGCCCUGCUGGCCGAGUUCGACUCCUUCCAGCAGCUCCACGGUGACUCUUCCAACGCAGCUCUCAGCCGUGCCCGUAUCCCCAACAUGUUUCGCCGCCCCGGCAUGAAAACCCGGCGCUCGACAUCUGCCGACGUCGGCCUCGACGACUCAUCUCCCUUUGGCCACCAAUCGCCCGGCGCGGGCUCGACAAACGGCGGACCGGCCCCCGCGGUUAUGAACUUUGCGGCCUCAGAGUCCGACCUGCUUCCCGGCGAGGAAUACACAUACUUGCUCACCCCGUCAUUGCCCUUUGACCCGGACUUCUUCGAGACAUUUGCGACGCUGUGCGAUGUGCUUAUCGACUGCUACACAAAGUUCCUGGCACUGGUGCCUUCGCCGAGAGAGUGCACGGCUCCAGUUGCCGAGCUGUUCACAAAGGCGGACUCGAAAAUUCGCAAAAUCAUCGUGCAGGGCGUGGUGAAGGACUUUGAAGACCACAGCAGGAUGCACGUCAAGUCUGAAGUGGCGGGGAUAGGCAAAGUGGUCUUGGGAGGAUUAAUGUGA